CAUCUCAGUUCCAUACCAUCUCUUACAUCUUUCGCUACCAGGAACAUACCUCUUUCGGAGAUAGUGACUGAUCACGGUCUUGCUUGUCAUCACACCGCGACCACCUUGGCUGAGCAGCUGAAAGGAACCUGGGGAAAACGGACGACUUGUACUUUCUGGGCUCUGCAAACCUAGAGCACAGCAUGGAGGGCCGGCAUGGACGAGGCCGAAGGUCCCACCACGAUGCAUACCAUAACUAUGAUGGCAGCAUCCACAACCCCGAUACUGUGUACGACACAGAGACCACAACUACAGGCAACAGCUCGUUUGAACACCCGCAGACAAUGGGUCGCAACCGAUUCGUACCCCCAUUCGGCGUGAAUGGAAGUGAUCAGGUUGGUGUACGACCUAUGCCACGGGUUCAAGACUGUCAGUAUUCCGACUCAAACGUCCAGGUCGCCUCCAGUACAUUCUUACAGACUGAGGCCGAGGGUUUCGCAAACCAAGUGUCAUCGAUCACCUUCGGUAUGGGUGGCCAUGCAUAUACAACAGCUGGUCCACCCUAUGCGACAAACAACGUUACUGCGAACGAACCGAGCAAUGUUCCCAACUAUUACGCCCACCGACACGAUUGUGUCGAUUCACAGAGUCAAUCCAAUAAUUCGGAUGGAUUUGUGAAUCCUCGGUUCCUGACACUAAGUGUCGAAGACUACGACGAGCUUCAGGCUGGGGUCCGACAGGAAACAUCAGCGUAUCCUGACAACCCAAAUCUGGAUGCAGGUAGCGACACCCCCUUCUACAUCGGCGAUGUGCCAGGUCUUCAUGGUGACCUCGACACAUCUCAGCCGCCUCAAGGGUCUGUGUCGAGGUCCAUAUCGUCCGAUACUUCACUCUUACUGUUUGACCAAAUGACGGCUAAUAUGCCACUCUCCCCUGUUCCUGCACCCAUGCCGACAGAGUUAGGGGAUGUACCGUUUGCGCAAACGAGGCGGCAGUUGAACAUGCCCUGGUCGACCGAGCAGAGCAGGCUGGAUGUAGCGUACGAUGAGGGCACCUUCAAUAGAGGCCAGCAGAUACCUUCGACAAGGGUAACCUCAUCCGGAAGCCACAGCUACGAUCAAUCAUGGAUGUCGGAUAUGGGAUACGUGGCGACGGCAGAUACCUCUUGGGAUCCGGGUGCGAUCCCAACGAACCCUGACGCCGCGGCACAUCAUCCCUUGCCAUUCGUAAUGCAUCAACCUGCAAGUAUGCAUGCGUUCGAACGCCGCCACUCUCUGCAACCACAUGUCUCUGGACCUUCGCAAGACCCCUGGUUUGAAAACCCUUCUCUUCAGGAGGAUAUUGGACCUAUCCUCGACAAUCUUCACAUCGAUGGUCGCUCGGGCCCUGCGUCUAUGACCAGGUUACCAAGCGACCAUCUGUAUGCACCGGACAGCACUUUGUUUGCUAACAGUCCAACCUCACCGACUCCGUCUGAAGUCAGCAUGACUCCUUCCGUCGUGCGAGCGUCUUUGAUGUGCCAUAUCGGUGGCUGCCACGUCCUAUUCACAGGCCAAUACCGACGCGGUAACCUUGCUCGCCACAUUCGACUAGUGCACAACCGAAGAGAAUUCCCGUGCGGAGUGAUCGGCUGCAAUAGAAUCUUCAAAAGGCAAGAUGCACUGAAGAAACACUUUGAUAAGAAGCAUAGAGGCCGCUAGCUUUCUCUGGGAGCUUUUGCCUUCUGCAAGCAAAUAGCCUGGCCUAGUGCACAUGUUUUGCACCAAGACCAUGUCCCGUAUGAGACCAGCGGUGGCCGGAAAUCCGCUGAGAAAUAGCGUCCAAUCGCUCUGCAUGCAGCUUCAGACGCAGACACAAGCGCCCUGGACACUUCUAGUAGCUUCAUUGCUGCCAGAUAGUUGUUUUUGCUUUCGU